AUGACUCAUACAUCAUGUAAUCUUAUUAAAACAGAUUCAUUUAUUAUUUUCAAUCAUAUUAUAAAACCAAUAUCUAUUACAUCUGAUAAUAUUGCUUAUCUUAUUUUUACAAGUGGAACAACAGGAAUACCUAAAACAGUUAUUAUUUCACAUUCUCAUCUACUUUUAUAUCUUCAAUCUUCUGUUGUAGUUGAUGCAUUUCGUACAACUGAUAGAGCUAUACGAUUAUCAUCAUGUACUUGGGAUGUUUAUAUUCAUGAAAUAUUUGGUACUCUUAUACUUUUACGUUCAGAACAAGAAAAUCGUGAACCAAUCUCAUCUCGUUUUAUUGCUCGAAUUCUACCUAUGUUACCUAUUGGAUGUCAAUAUAUAAAUUUUAGUGGUGCUACAGAAGGUACAGUCAUACAAAUGUUUCAUGUUGUAACAAAAGAUGAUGGACUAUCAGAAUCAGGUACAGUUCCAUCAGGUCAACCCAUGCCUUAUUUUCGAUGUCAUAUAUUGGACAAUGGACCUAUUAUGAAUGGUUACUUAAACAGACCUGAUCUUAAUAGCAAAGCAUUAGUUCAAAUUCCAGAUGAAUCUGGGAAAAGUUAUAGAACAGGUGACUUUGCUCGAUUAAUACCUUCAACUGUGAAAGUAAAUGGACAACGAGUAGAAAUAGAAGAAAUUCAAGCAGUUAUUUAUCAAUCUAAUUCAUCAAUUUCUAAUUGUGCUGUUGUCAAAGUAGUUGAACGUGGACGAGACCAUUUGAUUGCAUAUAUACAAUUAAACAAAACAUCUAAAUCAGUUCCGUUUGAUGAAAAAUUAAUUCGUAUUAAUUGUCAAGAUCAUUUACCACAAUAUAUGGUUCCAUCUCUUUUUAUUCUAGUUGAUCAAUUACCAUUUAACUCUAAUGGAAAACUAGAUAAAGCAGCACUUCCUAAACCUAAUCUAUCAUCAUUACUUUUACCAAUAAAUAAUGAUAAAAUUUCUAAUGAUCAAGACAAUGAAAUAUCAAUGACAAAUGAACAACAGCUUGUACAUGAUCUUUGGUGUGAUAUAUUACAAUUGGAUGUAGACUCAAAAAUACCUAUUAAUCGUUCAUUUUUCUCAUUGAGUGGUAAUUCAUUAGCUAUAAUGCGUCUCUUUGCACAAUAUCAAAUAAAAUUUUCUCUUGAUACUAAAUCUUCGUCAUCAUUUAAUAUUGCUUCUUUAUUUCGUCAACCAACUAUUGCUGAACAUACUCAAAUUCUUCAACAAUGGCUUGAUCAUACUUCUUCUCAAACUCAUCAACCAACUCAAUUAUGGUCAACUCUAAAUAUUUCUCAAGCUGAAGCAUCCUAUGGUCAACAACGUAUUUUUGUUGAUCAGACUAUUCGUUUUUCAAAUGAAACAUCUGUUUAUAAUAUUCCUUUAGUUUAUCGUAUCAUAUCUAAUUCGAAUAGUCAACAGAUUACAACUGAUCGAUUACGUCAAGCUAUUGAUGCAAUUAUUGCUAAACAUGCCAUACUUCGAACAUCAUUAGACUGGAAUAUAGAUACGAAUGUUUUAGUUCAAUAUAUUCAACAACUUAAUUAUAGAAAUCAAUAUGAAUUUGUAAUUAGUUAUGUUGAAAAUGAUGAAGAAAUAACAAAAAUAAUUAAUACAGAAAUUGCAAGUUCAAAAUUAUUUGAUAUUAAUCGAGGCAUUGUAUUACGAUGUCACAUAAUUAAAUAUAGUUCUUCCAGAAAAGAUGAAGAAAUAUACUUAGAAAAAAAUGAUAUUAUUAUUUUUAAUCUCCAUCACAUUGCAUUUGAUGGUGCUUCUCGACGAAUAUUUUUUAGUGAUCUUAAAUAUAAUUUAGAAUAUGAUAGUACAUUAAUAAAUAAUGAAAAUCAAUUUCAAUACAUUGAUUAUUCAGUUUAUGAAAAGCAAAUGGAUAUAAUAUCAUCUUAUUAUUUUUGGCAGUCACAUCUUAAUGGACUGAAUUUAGAACGUCGUAUAAUGUUACCUUUUGAUCGACAUCGUUUAUUAGCUGAUCAACAUUCAGGUUUUGCUCAUCUUAUUGAUAUUCCAUUUGAUAAUGAUUUAAUACAUUCAUUUCUUGAUUAUGCUUCUUCACAAGAUAUCACACCAUUUCAAUUAGGUCUUACCAUAUUUUAUACAUUUUUAUAUAAAUUAAGUCAGAAUCAAAAUGAUCUAUGUAUUUCAUGUAUUCAUGCUAAUCGAUAUAGAACAGAAUUACAAAAUCUAAUUGGUAUGUUUGUUGCAACAUUACCACAUCGAAUUCAGAUUCAUCCUACUUAUUCAUUCAAUCAUCUUAUCAAACAAGUUCAAAAUGAAUUUUAUUCAAUUCUUGAACAUACACAUUAUCCUCUUCAACAAAUACUUCAAGAUUUAGAUUAUAAACAUUCAUCUGCUGCUUUUCUCAAUAUAUUAUUUGAUUUCAUUACUUAUUCAUCUGAUACUGAUCUUCUAUCUGUAAAUCAAACACAAUUUCAACCAGUACCACUGAAACAAAUGCAAAAUGUUGUUAAAUUUGAUAUGAAACUAUUAUUUUUUCAUGACCCAACAGUUCAAAAUCAAACAAUAUCAUGUUCUCUAAUCUGUUCACAAGAUGUAUUUGAUAGCGAAACAGUAGAAGAACUAUCAAAACAAUUUCAACAUCUUCUUUCACAAUUGUUUGUUAAACAUCCAUCUUCAUUUGAUUUAGUUAAUCAACCAAUAUCGAAAUUAUCUUUUUGUCUAGAGAAUGUACCUAAAGAAAUACAACAAACAAUCUUUCAUCGAUUACCUGAUAUUAAGAAUGAAGGACCAGCUUCUUAUGCACAAUCUCGUAUUUGGUUUGAUGAACGAAUUCGAUUCGAUCGAGAUAAACCACAAGUUGCAAUUAAUAAUAUGCCUUUUCUCUAUCGUCUUCAUUCACAACAUACAUUAUCAACUACACAACUUCAUCAUGCACUUCAACUCACUCUUACAAAACAUCAAUCACUUCGAACAUCAAUUAUUUUCGAUAAUGAAACAAAUAAACUUAUACAACGAAUUAUUGAUAUCAAUGAUCAUACUAGAAAACUAUUUACAUUUAUUGAAAGUACUUUCGAAACAGAUGAACAACUUCAUACUAUUAUGUACGAUGAGAAAUACAAUUCUCAACUUUUUCAUCUUGAUCAAGGUCUCGUUUUUCGAUGUCACAUUCUCUAUUAUAAAAAAAUUUCUUCAAAUAAUCUUCUUUGUGAUAAAGAUAGAAUUAUUUUCAAUUUUCAUCAUGUUUUAUUUGAUUUUCCAUCAAUGAAAAUAUUUCUUCACGACCUCAAUCAAGCAUAUAUAACAAAUCAACUACCUAUCAAUCAUAAUACUGAUCUACGUUAUCUUGAUUAUGCUCUUAUUGAACAACAAAUGCCAAUGACUAGUGCAAGUAUGUUUUGGCUUGAUACUCUUCUUGGUUGUAAUCUUGAUCGAUCUUUAUCAUUACCCUGUGAUCGACAUCGUCUCUCAAAUGAACAUAGAACUGGUCAUACAACAUCAAUCUCAUUUGGUUUUGGUCAAGAUCAUUCAUAUAAUUUUCUUAACUAUGCAUCAACAAACAAUAUAGAACUUCAACAUCUAGCACUUGCCGCUUAUUAUAUGUUCUUAUUUAAAUUAACUAAUGGAGAAAAAGAUAUUUGUAUUGGAAUGAAUACAUAUACCCGAUAUAAAGAUGAACUUAAAUCAAUCAUUGGAUUAUAUGAAAAUCUUAUUCCAUUGCGAUGUCGAUUAGAUCGUGAUGGUUCAUUUCAUGAACUAGUUGAAUAUGUUCAAGAAAUGGCAACAAAUUGUAUAAAAUAUUCAUAUUUUCCUCUUCAACAUAUUCUUGCACAACAUUCUGAUUGUUCAAAGCCUACAUAUCUUGAUGUGUCUUUUAAUUUUGUGACUAUUGAAAAGAAAAUAAUGAUUGGUGAUAGUGAACUUUGUAGUAUUUUAUUAUCAAUUACAAUCAAUGAAGAUGAAGAUGUGAGCAAGUUUGAUUUCAUUCUUACUAUUCAAUAUGAUCUCACCAUAAAUCAAUUGUCAUGUAUAAUUAAUGCAUCACUCAAUUUAUUCAAUCAAGAGACAAUAAAUAAGAUUUCACAACAAUUUCAUUCCAUGUUAUAUGAUUUAUUUACAUCUGUUAAUGAUAUAAUGAAAAAUAAAUCAAUCUAUGAAAUGUCAAUAAUGUUACCAAAUGAAAGAUUACUUAUACAAUCAAUGAACAAUACACAAGUAUUCAUUCGACACUAUUCACAAGUACGAAUAAGACGUGUUCUUCUUCGU